GAAGAAGCGAGCCCGACUAUUGGCCGACCGGGAGGCACCCAGAGAGCGAGAGACUCGGGAGUAACGUUACAUGAAGCCGACUGUUAACUUCAGGCUCUGUUCACCACACAAAGUCGGUCCACGUUAGUUAACGAUGAGUACAUCAGAGUGCUUGGAUCGAAUGGAACUGUGUGAAAGCCUCUUGACAUGGGUCCAGACAUUUGGAGUAGAGGCUCCGUGCAAGACUGUAGAAGACUUGACGAGUGGUAUCGUCAUGGCCCAAGCUCUGCAGAAAAUAGAUGUAGUGUAUUUCAAUGACGCUUGGAUUAGCAGAAUCAAGCCAGAGGUUGGGGACAACUGGAGGUUAAAAGUCAGCAAUCUAAAGAAAAUUCUGAAAGGCAUCCUGGACUAUAACCAAGAGAUCCUAGGUCAGCACAUCAAUGACUUCACACUACCAGAUGUUAACCUUAUUGGAGAACACUCUGACGCAGCUGAACUUGGGAGGAUGCUACAGCUUAUACUGGGCUGUGCGGUCAACUGUGAACAGAAACAAGAAUACAUCCAGACCAUAAUGAUGAUGGAGGAGUCCGUGCAGCAUGUUGUCAUGACAGCGAUCCAAGAGCUGAUGAGUAAAGAGACUCCAGUGGCAGGAGGAAAUGACUCGUAUGUGGAUCUAGACAGACAGCUUAAGAAGACAGCAGAGGAGCUGAAUGAUGCUUUGGCUACCAAGGAAGAGAUCUCCCAGAGGUGUCGUGAGCUUGACAUGCAGGUGGCAGCGCUGCAAGAGGAGAAGAGCAGUUUGCUUGCAGAAAACCAGGUCCUGAUGGAGAGACUUAACCAGUCUGACUCCAUAGAGGAUAUAAACAGCCCCGCCGGACGCAGACACCUCCAGCUGCAGACACAGCUGGAACAACUACAGGAAGAAACUUUCAGGUUGGAGGCAGCAAAAGAUGACUACCGGAUCCGUUGUGAAGAGCUUGAAAAAGAACUCUUGGAUGUAAAGUCACAGAAUGAAGAGCUCACGUCACUGGCUGAUGAAGCCCAGUCUCUCAAGGAUGAGAUGGAUGUCCUCCGGCAUUCAUCAGACAAAGUGUCAAAGCUCGAGGGCACAGUGGAACACUACAAGAAGAAACUGGAGGACAUGGGACUUCUCAGGAGACAGAAUAAGCUUAUGGAGGAGAAGAACACAGUGUUAAUGCAGACCAACGUCGGUUUGGAAGAAGAGCUACGAAAGGCGAAUGCUGCCAAGGGCCAGCUGGAGACAUACAAGAGACAGGUCGUUGAACUUCAGAACAGACUGUCAGAAGAGUCUAAGAAGGCCGACAAGAUGGAGUUUGAGUACAAACGCGUCAAAGAAAAAGUAGACUCACUACAAAAAGAGAAGGACCGUAUGCGGACAGAGAGAGACUCUCUGAAAGAGACUAUUGAGGAACUACAUUGUGUCCAAGCCCAGGAGGGACAGCUUACAUCGGGUUUGUUCCCAAUGGCUAGCAAUGACGGUUCCGAUUCGCUGGCUGCUGAGAUCACCACCCCAGAGAUUCGAGAGCACCUGAUUCGUCUUCAGCACGAGAACAAGAUGCUGAAGCUGGCCCAGGAGGGGUCGGACAAUGAGAAGAUCGCACUGUUGCAGAGUCUACUGGAGGAUGCUAACAGAAGAAAGAAUGAACUGGAGACAGAGAACAGGUUAAUCAAUCAGCGCCUGAUGGAGGAACAGAGUCAGGUAGAGGAGCUGCAGAAGUCUCUUCAAGAACAGGGUUCCAAAGCAGAUGAUUCUUCCAUUCUGAAGAAGAAAUAUGAGGAGCACAUGGAGAAACUACGAGAGUUGAACAACGAGUUACUGAAGAAGAACUCCUUUAUUGACGAAAUGGAGCCUAAAUACAACGCCAGCUCCCAACGUGUGGACGAGCUGGAAGAGGCCUUGAAGAAGAAAGACGAAGAAAUGAAACAGAUGGAGGAGAGAUAUAAGAAAUACCUGGAAAAGGCCAAGAGUGUAAUCCGGACGCUGGACCCCAAGCAGAACCAGGGUUCAGGUCCAGAGGUCCAGGCCCUGAAGAACCAGCUGCAGGAGAAGGAGAGGAUGUUGCACUCAUUAGAGAAAGAGAUGGACAAGACAAAAGGACAGAGAGAUUACGAGGAGAAACUGAUUGUGUCAGCCUGGUACAAUAUGGGUAUGUCUAUGCAGAAGAGGGCGGCUGAAGACAGACUUGCCAACACCGGCUCGGGUCAGUCCUUUCUGGCCCGGCAGAGACAAGCCACCAGCACACGCCGCUCCUAUCCAGGCCACGUCCAGCCAGCUACCGCAAGAUCCAUGAGCAAUGUCACUGCAUGACUGGCUCGCCAAUGAACUGGCCUGUCUUUGGCCUAAGCUGGCUCCCCUGGGCUAGGCUGGGGCACGCGAUGCAUGAACUACCUGCCUGCCUACUGUUUGCAUGACUUUACAUUGACUCAAGCCUGCAAAUAACCCAGCGCAGCAGCAGCACCAGCACCAGCAUGAGCACUAACAACCUUCUGCAGUGUCAUGCAUUGUUACCUCCAGACAAGCCUGAUGAGGGAUGGGGUCAGAAAAUAAACCCCUCACCUUCAUUCCCCCAAUUAAAACCCUUUCCACCCUCUCACCUCCUUAUUCCUCGUGUUCUCCUGCAUCUCUCCAUCUCUCCUCCCCCCAGCCCUCACUCUCCCUGGACAUACCUGCUUGUGCUUUCCACCACCGCAUCAAGUCUAUUACAAUUCAACCUAUGUCACAAACACCUCGGACAGGGGCAGAAUAUCGCAGCAUAGUCUGUCAAUCAAAUAGUUGAUCCAUUAAUAGGCCUUUUCUGUAGUGCUUGUGUGUAACUUGACAUUGGCUGGCUGCUUCAGGAUACCUCAAUGACAUAUUUUCACAUAUCUGUUUUUUUUAUUUGCUUGGUUUGAGGAAAGUUGAAAUCAAGUCAUGUGAGAGAAAUAUUUGAGAGGUGCAAAUCAGUCUGCAUAACAAGAUAUAGGAGUCCGCUCCCGCUUUAAACUUCUGAGUGUGUACCGGUUCUGCCCAGCCUCUUCUCGACAUGUUACUAGAUGGCAUUUUAGAAGUGGCUUUACCUCAAGUAUUAGUGAGUACAACAAGUUUUGAACUGAAGGAGAGCUUAUGGGACAUUACCGUGUUGCCCUGUAGGCUUUUGGACAGUUUGCAGUAGCAGCAUAGGAUGCAAAAUAACUGUUUUAAAAUGAAUAACAUUGUUUCUGAUAUACUUUUAUACAGGAUAAAAGCCUCAUUAAGCCUACAUGCAAUUUUACUUUAUCGAGCGUCUCGAUAAAAUGCACAUUCAGUUCACAUUUAUUGUAUAUAGCGUUUCUGAUUUUGGCUAAAUUGUAGUUGACCACUUUGUUAUUUAUCUAAGUAAGAAUAACCCGGUCUAAUUGAGCCCAAAGCAAGAAGCUCCACUCACAGUGCAUUUUUUUCACACAUUUAAUACAUUUCACCAGCAAAUGUGAAGGCUAAUUUGAUUAAUUGCCUGAAAAAAUAUUAAUAGUGAUAUGAAACUGUGCAUUAGCUCAUGUAGGCUAAUGUACAGUACAUUCAUUUGGUUGAAUUAAAAGGUAGCCUUUUUUUAAUUAAUGUCCUAAAGUUUUAUUUCCAGAGCUUAUUAAAAUGAUGUCAAAGUGUGAAGAAGACUGGAAGUUAAGGACCUAAGGAUAAAUGCAUAUUAUAGGCAUAAGUGCAUGUAUUAUUUUAAACGAGAGAUGGUUGAAUCCUCCAGUUUAGUGCCUUUGUUUAAAAUGUGAGAUUUAAAAACAAAAACAAGACUGGCUGGUCUUUUUAGGAUGUAAGGCAGCAAGGCAAUGCCGCCUUUUAAGACCAGUUUUAUUGUGUUAUUUGAAAAGAGAGGAAAAAAAGUCUGAGAUGAACUUUAAUCUCAUCCACGUGAUAAAUUUCUUGACAAAACAACUGUUUAGUUUAAGUUGGCUUAAUGAGGGCUUUUCUUCUGCUUUUAACCUAUUUUACCCAUGAUUGUUAUAUUGUGUAAGCUUCAUGUUAAUUCAUGCAGUGCAUUUUUAUCUUAAUGGCUUAUUUAUUCUUUUGCCGCUUGUACAGCUGUUACAUUUUUUUAAUAUUAGUAGUAUUAUCAUAUCACCACUUAUACUGUUACAAUGGAUGUGAAAUUUCCAUAUGACAUCAACAUACUGUUACAUACUCGUCUUAUGCAACAAAAGGAGGAGAUGGUUUGAUACAGUGUUUAUCUAAUGAAAAUGACAGAGGUUAUUAUAUUAACUGUGUCGACACUGAUCAGUGUAAAACGGAGAAAAUAGUGCAAGGCUGCAUUUACCUCCAGUCUUUUCAGGAAGAGGACUUUCUCUGAAAUGUGCUAUGAAACUUGUCAUGUUUGAAACUGAAUGUUUUCUCAUUAACAAAAAGCACAUUUUACACUUUUAAUUCACUGAGUUGUUGGUGAAUUUACUGUGACCCUACAGAUGAUCAUAUUUUCCAGUGUUUUAGCUACGGCAACAAAGACCAGGGCCAUGUUUGUGGAAAAGGCUCAUUAGCUGUAUGCAUGUGUAAUUGCAUUAAAAUGAAGUUAGCUCAGAUGUUUGGUUAACGUAUCUUGACUAAACAAGGACCAAUCAGAUCAUACAUUGGGCAUCUAGAAGUGAGCAGUGAAAUUACAUUUACAGUAUAAAUUCCUUCGCAAAGAAAAGAGGUGACAUGUUUUCUCCAGUUCUCUACUUGUCUCAGACCAAAUCUGUGUUUUGUAAACCACAUGCCGUGAAUAUCCACAGUUUGAGCUGUAAGUUAUAUUACACACAACUCUUUUAACCGUCCAUCCCCAUUUGGUUUGGUAAUAAAUCUGUAUAUAAUUGAACACAUCCACAUUGUGGUUGACCUGUUUAAAGUUAUAUCAGGGAUGUUGGUGAAACAUUUCUUUGUUAUUUGGUAUCACCCUAAGAGAAAGCAAGAUUAUGUUAUCCCCUUUUAUCCCCCAUCAAGACAGCCACUGUAUUUUGUUGCUUAUAUGUGUUUGUGUAUAUACUUAUUAUUAUGGGCAUAUAAUGAGACACUGGGGGAAAUAUUAUCCCAAGGGAGUUACAGUAAUAGAACCAGAGAGACUCAUGUCAGAAGCCAGCUUGUUUGGGCCAUUUUCAACCACAUUGACCUUUUAUUGAUGCUAAUUUCGUCUCAAUAAAGACGGAAAGGUGACAUCUUGAUGUACUGUUCAAGCUAUAACCCAAAAUGUUUCCUUAAUAUUUGUGUUUGAGAACAAAAUACUGUAUGGUGAUUGCAGAAAUCUUUACAAAACAUAAUGUAAAGUAUUACUUACAUGCCUAAGCUAAACUGAGUACCCCGUGUUCCCUAGUGUUACUUGACUGCUAAUUGCACUGUGGGUCAGUCAAAAGUGUAACAGAGAUGAAACAAACAACAUGAGGCUGUUAACUGGUCACUACGUGUGCAGUGUUUGCUGUAUUUUUUUACUCAUUGGCAUUUCUUUACAUGUUGAAGUAGCAAAUAACCUUCCAUUUGCCAAGUUUUAUAUUGCUUAUAUGCAAACACACUAUGUACAUACUUCAUGUGACCAUGGUAGUGGAGUUUUCUGGCCAUUUGAGAAUUAGAAAAUAAAACUCAUGUCUACUUAGAUGGAUUUCAUAUAGCAUCUAUCCAGUGAGGACCUAUUGAUUAAGAUGUGCUUCCUACACUGCAAAACUUGGACAUGACAUUGUAAAUAAAGCUUGUAUAAAACAGGCUGCUUCUGUUUUUAAAUUUUUACAUAACAUGACCAAUAAAAAUAUUCUCAUGCUAUCAGAUACCGUA